UCUUGAGUACAGUGUGCGACUUUGUAUCACUCUUCUUCUUCUGUUUCCCACAAUACUUGCUAACAUACGCAGUUAUUAAGCGUUUUCCUACUUUUCUCUUUCUCACUGUUGGGGGUGAAAAUGUUGGUGAAUAGAGCUUCUGCUGCUGCAUCUCUGUUGUUUGCGCUGAUUAUUUUUCAUGGAAUUCAUCAGAUGGCAAUGGCACAAGAUUGCCCCCUAGAUUUUAGUGCGUCGAAUUUUACUCUGGCAGCCUCAGCAUGUUCUAACAAUGAAACUAGAGGAACAUGUUGCCGUUAUAUCAAUGCCUUGAUUGCAAUUUCGAUUUCUAGAUAUGCGAAUUUAACAAGCAACAUUGGGGCACCUCCGGAGUUAAGAGAGACUUGCCUUCGAUCAGUUUCACAAUCCUUAGAAUUGUAUGGUACACCCCGAAAUGCAACAGUUUUUUGUGGGCUUGGGACAAAAAUCCGUGUCCAUUACCAAUGCAAGGGCCGUAAAACCGUAACGCAGAUGCUCAAGUCACCGAGGUUUGGAGAUGUUUCAUCGAAUUGCAUAAUGCCGCUUUCGGUGGAAAGUAAUUGUAAGAAAUGCUUGAAUGCUAGUAUUCUAUACCUUCACCGCCUUGUAGGUGAUGAAGCUAAUGUUACAUUGAGUAAUUGUAGAGAUGCAACAUUUACUACUAUUGCAAGCCAAGUUGACAUUGUGUCAGCCGUUGACACAGCAAGCUGCUUCUUUGGAAUUCCUGGGAUUGGAAGUAUGCCAGAUAAAUCUCCACCUUCUUUACCACCAGUUAUUUCUCCAAGCCAAUUCCACGCUUCUAGCCCGAGUGAGCUCCCUUCAAAAGAUCAUCGCCAUCAUUACCGCCUCACAAUAAUCCCAGCUAUUGGCAUUUUCAUUACUUCAGUAGCUGUUCUGCUGCUAAUAGUGAUGAUACUUCUAAUCCGUAAAAAAAGCAGACAGCUAGAGGACUCGGAGGUUCCUGAUAAAACCUCUUGGAAGGCCUUCCCUACUCGGUCAUUCCGGAAACUUCAGGAAGGUCCAGCAUCCAUGUUUAGGAAAUUCAGCUACAAAGAAACAAAAAAGGCUACUAACAAUUUCAACACAAUCAUUGGACAAGGUGGAUUUGGAACUGUCUACAAAGCUCAGUUCAGUGAUGGUUUUGUGGUUGCCGUUAAGUGGAUGGACAAAGUCUCAGAACAAGCAGAGGAUGAUUUCUGUAGAGAGAUAGAACUUCUUGGAAGACUCCAUCAUCGUCAUCUUGUUUCUCUAAGAGGCUUCUGUGUUGAUAGACGUGAAAGGUUUCUAAUGUACGAGUACAUGGAAAACGGAAGUUUAAAGGAUCAUCUUCAUUCUACAGGGAAAACUCCUCUAAGCUGGCAGACCCGAAUUCAAAUUGCUAUUGAUGUUGCCAAUGCUUUGGAGUACCUCCAUUUCUAUUGUGAGCCUCCUCUAUGUCACAGGGACAUAAAGUCUAGCAACAUUCUGCUGGAUGAGAACUUUGUUGCAAAGGUUGCAGACUUUGGGCUUGCACAUGCUUCAAAAACUGGAGCAAUUAGCAUUGAACCGAUGAACACUGAUAUCCGGGGAACUCCAGGUUACAUGGAUCCUGAAUAUGUGGUUAAUGAGGAGCUGACUGAGAAGAGUGAUGUAUACAGUUAUGGGGUUCUUUUGCUAGAGUUAGUUUCUGGGAGACGUGCAAUACAGGAUGGCAGGAAUCUAGUGGAAUGGUCCCAGAUAUACAUGGCAGAUGAAUCUAGGUUACCUGAAUUAGUAGACCCAAAUGUCGGAGAGUCCUUUGAUCUAGAACAGCUUCUAACAAUCGCCUCGAUUAUCCGCUGGUGCACUCAGAGAGAAGGAAGAGCAAGGCCUUCAAUUAAGCAGGUUCUUAGGGUUCUAUAUGAGAGUUCUGAUCCUAUGCACAUUGGGUUUGUGAAUGAUAUGGAAGAUGGAGAUUAUGAAGGUGGAGAAAGAAGUAAGGGAAAGGUGCACAGAAGUGAAGUGAUUUAUCAUAGUGGUGAUGCAAGGUAUCUUCCUUCUUCUUCAAGUACAUCUAGGUCUUACUGUAGCAGGAGCUUCUUACUUGAAUCUGGCUCACCAUGAUCUCCUCAUUUUUAUUCCAUUGUUCUUGAGAGGCAUUCGUCGGCACUUCAACAGGUUAAUUAAGUGAGGAAAUUUAAAAUUUGAGUAGGGUAAAAAGUAGUCUUUGGUGGGAUCAUGCACCUCUAUUUUUUGUCAAGAGGAAUGUGUUCCUCUUCUCUUCAGGUAUGUGUAAGCUGUACAACUCUGUGUCAAGGCUUUCCUUAUUUUUCCCUCUAGAAUAUCAAGAUUUAAAAAUAUCAAGAUUGUCAGCACCCUUGUUGUGGAUGUCGAGGAAUGGCCUUCUUCUUGUUAUUGUGUACUAACUAGUAAAUAUCAUUUUUGGAGGUAACAACAUAUAUAGUGUUUUUCUUUGCUUUCUGUCUUUAUAUGAUUUAAAGAAUACUUUAAUAGUUACUUUUCUUAUCAUUAUUCUUAUUUUAUUUCAUUUUGUAUGCAUACGUGUUGCAUUCUGUGAGUUACAUUUGAAUGAUCUUGAUGAAUCAGAUUCACAAUCAGGCAGAAGUAGGGUAGUAAUUCCAAUUUAUUCACAAACACAUAUUUCUCCUUCGUGUUUUUUCUCGUGUUCGGAUGGUAAAAUCAUAAGAAGAAGACUUGGUUGGGUAGUAUUUUAGAGGAUACGGUUGCAUGUGAAGCCACUUUGCUGUCUCACUUCAGUGCCCUCAGUGGAUCCAAAGUUCUGCAAGAAUUAUAAUGUGGUUUGCAACAUGGAAUCUUCCACCUCUGGCAUAAAGGUAUGUUUAUGAUAUAGCAAUUCAUUACUUCAAGCCUUUGCUUAUCCUAGAAUGUUAAUAAGCUUCAGAUUAUCAGUCAUUGCUGACAGCAUGUGAGAAGUUGUCUUCCAUUUUCUUUUCUUGGUGUACUAUGAUUUUUAGAGAAGAUGAGAGAUUAAAUAAAGUUCUUUUGAUUUUUA